AUGGCUUCGGCCGUGUCAGCCGCCAACUCGCCAGCGGUGCUCUUGCAGCCCCGUUGGAAGCGAGUGGUGGGCUGGUCGGGUCCAGUGCCCCGGCCCCGCCACGGCCACCGCGCCGUGGCCAUCAAGGAGCUCAUCGUGGUGUUUGGCGGCGGCAACGAGGGGAUAGUGGACGAGCUGCACGUGUACAACACGGCGACCAACCAGUGGUUCAUCCCGGCUGUGAGAGGGGACAUCCCUCCUGGAUGUGCAGCCUAUGGCUUCGUGUGCGAUGGGACACGCCUGCUCGUGUUCGGAGGGAUGGUGGAAUAUGGGAAGUACAGCAAUGACCUCUACGAGCUCCAGGCAAGCCGGUGGGAGUGGAAGAGACUGAAAGCAAAGACGCCCAAAAAUGGGCCUCCUCCGUGUCCUCGGCUCGGGCACAGUUUCUCCCUUGUGGGCAACAAAUGUUACCUGUUUGGGGGUCUGGCCAAUGAUAGUGAGGACCCCAAGAACAACAUUCCGAGGUACCUGAAUGACUUAUACAUCCUGGAACUGCGGCCAGGCUCUGGAGUGGUAGCCUGGGACAUUCCCAUCACUUACGGUGUCCUGCCCCCACCCCGAGAGUCUCACACUGCAGUGGUUUACACCGAGAAGGACAACAAGAAGUCCAAGCUGGUGAUCUAUGGAGGGAUGAGUGGCUGCAGGCUGGGGGACCUCUGGACCCUGGAUAUCGAGACUUUGACAUGGAAUAAGCCCAGCCUCAGCGGGGUGGCACCUCUUCCUCGAAGUCUCCACUCGGCCACGACCAUAGGAAACAAAAUGUACGUGUUUGGUGGCUGGGUGCCCCUCGUCAUGGAUGACGUCAAAGUGGCCACACACGAGAAGGAGUGGAAGUGUACCAACACCCUGGCUUGUCUCAACCUGGAUACCAUGGCUUGGGAGACCAUCCUGAUGGAUACGCUGGAAGACAAUAUUCCCCGGGCCCGUGCUGGCCACUGCGCAGUAGCCAUCAAUACCCGCCUUUACAUUUGGAGUGGGCGUGACGGCUACCGAAAGGCCUGGAACAACCAGGUCUGCUGCAAGGACCUCUGGUACCUGGAAACAGAAAAGCCACCACCUCCAGCCCGGGUACAGCUGGUGCGAGCCAACACUAACUCCCUGGAGGUGAGCUGGGGGGCCGUGGCGACAGCCGACAGUUACCUUCUGCAGCUCCAGAAAUAUGACAUUCCUGCCACGGCUGCCACUGCCACCUCCCCCACACCCAAUCCAGUCCCGUCUGUGCCUGCCAACCCUCCCAAGAGCCCUGCCCCAGCAGCAGCCGCACCUGCUGUGCAGCCGCUGACCCAAGUAGGCAUCACGCUCCUGCCCCAGGCUGCUGCCGCGCCCCCGACCACCACCACCAUCCAGGUCUUGCCGACGGUGCCUGGCAGCUCAAUCUCCGUGCCCGCCACAGCCAGGACUCAAGGUGUCCCGGCUGUGCUGAAAGUGACCGGUCCUCAGGCUACCACGGGAACCCCGUUAGUCACCAUGCGACCUGCCAGCCAGGCUGGGAAAGCCCCCGUGACCGUGACCUCCCUUCCCGCAGGCGUGCGGAUGGUUGUACCUACACAGAGUGCCCAGGGGACGGUCAUUGGCAGUAGCCCACAGAUGAGUGGUAUGGCUGCGUUGGCAGCCGCGGCUGCUGCCACCCAGAAGAUCCCUCCUUCCUCGGCACCCACGGUCCUGAGUGUCCCGGCUGGCACCACCAUUGUCAAAACCGUGGCCGUGACGCCGGGCACCACCACGCUCCCAGCCACUGUGAAGGUGGCCUCCUCACCAGUCAUGGUGAGCAACCCAGCUACUCGCAUGCUGAAGACUGCAGCUGCCCAGGUGGGGACCUCUGUCUCUUCUGCCGCCAACACAUCUACUCGUCCCAUCAUCACCGUACACAAGUCUGGGACUGUGACAGUGGCCCAGCAAGCCCAGGUGGUGACCACAGUGGUGGGUGGGGUCACCAAGACCAUCACCCUGGUGAAGAGCCCCAUUUCGGUCCCAGGAGGCAGUGCUCUGAUUUCCAAUCUGGGCAAAGUGAUGUCAGUGGUCCAGACCAAACCGGUUCAGACUUCGGCAGUCACAGGCCAGGCGUCUACAGGCCCAGUGACUCAGAUCAUCCAGACUAAAGGACCCCUGCCAGCUGGGACCAUCCUGAAGCUGGUGACGUCUGCAGAUGGCAAGCCCACUACCAUCAUCACAACCACACAGGCCAGCGGGGCAGGGACUAAGCCUACCAUCCUGGGCAUCAGUAGUGUGUCCCCCAGCACCACCAAGCCCGGCACCACGACUAUCAUUAAGACCAUCCCCAUGUCGGCUAUCAUCACACAGGCGGGCGCCACGGGCGUGACUAGCAGUGCCGGCAUCAAGUCGCCCAUCACCAUUAUCACCACCAAGGUGAUGACUUCUGGAACUGGAGCCCCCGCCAAAAUCAUCACAGCCGUUCCCAAAAUCGCUACGGGCCACGGGCAGCAAGGAGUGACUCAGGUGGUGCUGAAGGGUGCACCUGGCCAGCCAGGCACCAUCCUCCGCACCGUGCCUAUGGGGGGCGUCCGCCUGGUCACUCCUGUUACUGUGUCUGCUGUCAAGCCAGCUGUCACCACACUGGUCGUCAAGGGCACCACAGGCGUCACGACCUUGGGCACAGUAACAGGCACCGUCUCCACCAGCCUGGCCGGAGCUGGGGGCCAUAGCACCAGCGCCUCGCUGGCCACGCCCAUCACCACGUUGGGCACCAUCGCCACCCUCUCAAGCCAGGUGAUCAACCCCACUGCCAUCACCGUGUCAGCAGCACAGACAACGCUGACAGCGGCCGCUGGGCUCACCACGCCCACCAUCACCAUGCAGCCUGUUUCCCAGCCUACCCAGGUGACUCUGAUCACGGCCCCAAGUGGGGUGGAGGCCCAGCCUGUGCACGACCUCCCAGUUUCCAUUCUGGCCUCCCCUACUACAGAACAGCCCACGGCCACGGUCACCAUCGCUGAUUCGGGCCAGGGUGAUGUGCAGCCCGGCACCGUGACCCUGGUUUGCUCCAACCCGCCGUGUGAGACCCACGAGACGGGCACCACCAACACAGCCACCACCACCGUCGUCGCUAAUCUGGGGGGGCACCCCCAGCCCACCCAGGUGCAGUUCGUCUGCGACAGACAGGAGGCCACUGCUGCUCUUGUGACCUCCACAGUGGGCCAGCCGAAUGGCAGCAUCGUUCGUGUCUGCUCCAACCCGCCAUGCGAGACCCAUGAGACCGGUACCACCAGCACAGCCACCACCGCCAUGUCCGGCAUCGGAGGCGGGCCACGGCGAGACAUCCGGCUCGCCUGCGCGGCCACCACCAUUCCCACUGUAGUCCGGGUCAGCGUGGCUGCUGGGGCAUCAGAGGGAGCCCAGGUUUCCAUCAAGCCUGCGUGCCAAACCCGUCAGACCAGCGCAACCAGUACCACCAUGACUGUGAUGGCCACCGGGGCCCCGUGCUCGGCCAGCCCGCUCCUCAGACCAAGCGUGGCCCUCGAGGCCGCUGGCCGCGGUGCCACUCUCUUACAGCUGGGGCCCCUGAGUACCCAGGUCAGGCCCAGUGGCGAGGAAGGGUCCCUCGCCAGCCUGGGCCCACUGGUGUCCGUGGGGCGCCAGCUGGAGGUGCAUCACACGCACACGACCAAUACGGCCACUGUGGCCCGCUCUGCCAUGGGUGCUGGGGAGCCCCACGAGCUGCUGGGGGCCCCCACACUCGUGUAUGAAAGCUCAGCCAGCGCCUCUGUGACUGCCGCGGCUCUGGAGGCACUGCUGUGCCCCUCGGCCACUGUGACCCAGGUCUGCUCCAACCCCCCGUGUGAGACCCACGAGACGGGUACCACCCACACGCCCACCACGGCCACGUCCGGAGGGGCUGCAGGCCAGCCAGAGGGUGGGCAGCAGCCUCCCGCCAGCCGGCCCUGUGAGACACACCAGACCGCUUCCACUGGCACGACCAUGUCCGUCAGCUUGGGUGCUCUGCUCCCAGAUGCCACCCCUUCCCACAGGACCCUGGAGUCCAGCCUGGAGGUGGCGGUGCCGCCCGCAGUCGCCCCCCAGCCCGGCGCUUCAUUGCUCACUCCUUUCCCGACGCAAAGGGUGUGCUCCAACCCGCCCUGUGAGACACACGAGACAGGCACCACACACACGGCCACCACUGUCACCUCCAACAUGAGUUCCAAUCAAGACCCCCCACCGCCUGCCGGCGACCAGGGAGAGGUGGAGAGUACCCAGGGCGACAGUGUGAAUAUCGCCAGUUCCAGUCCCAUCACGACAACAGUGUCCUCCACGCUGACACGGGCUGUGACCACCGUGACACAGUCCACGCCAGUCCCAGGCCCUUCGGUGCCGAAGAUCUCAUCUGUGACUGAGACUGCCCCAGGGGCUCUGACCACCGAAGUCCCCAUCCCGGCCACGAUUACAGUGACCAUAGCCAACACAGAAACUUCUGACAUGCCCUUCUCUGCUGUUGACAUCCUGCAGCCCCCAGAGGAGCUCCAGGCCUCGCCAGGGCCGCGCCAGCAGCUUCCGCCACGGCAGCUCCUGCAGCCUGCCUCCGCGCCCCUGGUGGGGGACUCCGCCGAGGUCCUGUCAGCCUCCCAGAGCCCUGAGCUCCAGGCCGCCGUGGAUCUGAGCAGUACAGGGGACCCGUCUUCAGGCCAGGAGCCUGCCAGCUCGGCUGUGGUGGCCACUGUGGUGGUCCAGCCACCGCCACCCACCCAGUCUGAAGUAGACCAGUUGUCCCUCCCCCAAGAGCUGAUGGCUGAGGCCCAGGCGGGCACCACCACCCUCAUGGUGACAGGGCUCACCCCAGAGGAGCUGGCAGUGACUGCUGCUGCUGAAGCGGCCGCACAGGCUGCAGCCACAGAGGAGGCCCAGGCCCUGGCCAUCCAGGCCGUGCUCCAGGCUGCACAGCAGGCUGUCAUGGCAGGCACUGGGGAGCCGAUGGAUACUUCAGAGGCGGCCGCGGCAGUGACGCAGGCAGAACUGAGCCAUCUGUCAGCCGAGGGCCAGGAAGGCCAGGCAACCACCAUCCCCAUCGUGCUGACACAACAGGAGCUGGCCGCCCUGGUGCAGCAGCAACAGCUCCAGGAGGCGCAGGCCCAGCAGCAGCAGCACCACUUGCCCACAGAAGCCCUGGCCCCUGCUGACAGCCUCAAUGACCCAACCAUCGAGAGCAACUGCCUCAAUGAGCUGGCCGGAGCUGUGCCCAGCACCGUGGGUCUGCUGCCCCCCACGGCCACCGAGAGCCUGGCCCCGUCCAACACAUUCGUGGCCCCCCAGCCGGUCGUUGUGGCCAGCCCUGCGAAGCUGCAGGCCGCAGCCACCCUGACGGAAGUGGCCAAUGGCAUUGAAUCCCUGGGCGUGAAGCCAGACCUGCCACCGCCACCUAGCAAAGCCCCUGUAAAGAAGGAGAACCAGUGGUUUGACGUGGGGGUCAUUAAGGGUACCAAUGUGAUGGUGACACACUAUUUUCUGCCACCCGAAGAUGCUGUCCCAACUGAUGAUGACUCGGGCACUGUGCCCGACUACAACCAGCUAAAGAAGCAGGAGCUGCAGCCAGGCACCGCAUAUAAGUUCCGCGUUGCCGGGAUCAAUGCCUGCGGCCGGGGGCCCUUCAGUGAGAUCUCAGCCUUUAAAACAUGUCUGCCUGGCUUCCCGGGGGCCCCAUGUGCCAUUAAAAUCAGCAAAAGUCCAGAUGGUGCUCACCUCACCUGGGAGCCGCCCUCUGUGACCUCCGGCAAGAUCAUCGAGUACUCAGUGUACCUGGCCAUCCAGAGUGCGCAGGCUGGCGGUGAGACCAAGAGCUCGACCCCAGCGCAGCUGGCCUUCAUGCGGGUGUACUGUGGGCCCAGCCCCUCCUGCCUCGUGCAGUCCUCCAGCCUCUCCAAUGCCCACAUCGACUACACCACCAAGCCCGCCAUCAUCUUCCGCAUUGCUGCCCGCAAUGAGAAGGGCUAUGGCCCAGCCACCCAAGUCAGGUGGUUGCAAGAAACCAGUAAAGACAGCUCUGGCGCCAAGCCGGCCAGCAAGCGGCCCAUGUCGUCUCCGGAAAUGAAAUCCGCGCCAAAGAAAUCGAAGGCAGAUGGUCAGUGA